CUUUCUUUUUGAAAACAAUUGGGAUCCCUAUUACUCGAUUAGGCUUUUACUCUAUUAAAAUGUUGAAGGUUUCAUGCAACGGCUCAGACCGGGUUCAAUUCAUGGCCCAAUGCGGGUUCGCGGGUCAGCCCGCUUCCGUUCUCGUUCGUCGGAGGAGUGUAUCCGCCGUCGGAUUCGGCUAUCCGAUGAACAGGGUAUUGUCGGUUCGCGCAAUCGUGUCGGACCGGGACGGGGCGGUGGUGAACCGGGUCGGAGCGGAGGCGGGGACGUUGGCGGACCGGCUGCGGCUUGGGAGCUUGACAGAGGAUGGACUGUCUUACAAGGAGAAGUUCAUUGUGAGGAGCUAUGAAGUUGGAAUCAAUAAGACUGCCACCGUUGAAACCAUUGCUAAUCUCUUGCAGGAGGUUGGAUGUAAUCAUGCUCAAAGUGUUGGAUAUUCUACUGAUGGUUUCGCAACAACUCCCACCAUGAGAAAAUUAGGCCUCAUAUGGGUCACUGCUCGGAUGCAUAUUGAAGUCUACAAAUACCCUGCUUGGAGUGAUGUAGUUGAGAUAGAGACAUGGUGUCAAGGGGAAGGGAGGGUUGGAAUCAGACGCGAUUUUAUACUAAAAGACUACAAGUGGUUGAUGAUGAAUCAGGAGACUAGAAGACUACAAAAGGUGUCUGACGAUGUUCGAGAGGAAGUUUUAAUUUACUGUCCUCGGGAGCCCAGGUUAGCAAUUCCUGAGGAGGACAGCAAUUGCUUGAAAAAAAUUCCAAAGUUGGAAGAUCCUGGUCAAUAUUCCAGGCUUAGACUCAUGCCUAGAAGAGCAGAUCUAGACAUGAAUCAGCAUGUUAACAAUGUCACUUAUAUUGGUUGGGUUCUUGAGAGCAUGCCUCAAGAAAUCAUUGAUAGCCAUGAACUGCACAGUAUCACCUUGGAUUACAGACGAGAGUGCCAACGAGACGACAUAGUUGAUUCCCUCACCAGCAUCGAGGGCGACGGGGUGCUUCUGGAAGUCAAUGGCACCAACGGAUCCUCCGUAGCAUGGGAGCACGGUCAUGCCUAUCAACAGUUUCUACAUCUGCUUAAAUUGUCCACCGACGAAGGACUCGAGAUAAACCGAGGACGAACAGCAUGGAGAAAGAAAGCUUCAAGAUUAUGAUCAUUAUUAGUUGUGUCCCUGCCUUGCUCAUCAUUUUACUUUGAAUCUUUCUUGUUCUGUUUCUUGCUUCGAUGGUGGCCUUUUCUCUUUCCUUUUAUUGUGUUUUCCCCUCAAUUUUAGCUUAGAGUUCAUGCACUUGCUAGGGACUGAAAAAGCUAGAGUUCGUUAUUCCUUUCUUGUCAUGCUUACAGAUUGUAACGAUGCUCUAUCCUUUUUAGUUAGUGCUGAAUAGGAUAAAAGUUAGUCUGUGUCACUGUAACCUUUUGCUUCUUGAGGCUGUAAUCUUGCCAUGAACUGCAUGAGUCAAAACAAAAAUGUUUUAUCAAAUUAUCUCAAGCUUAUUAUUCUAUUAGCUUAAUA